UCAGUGUCCAUCAGUGCCAGCUCUCAUGCCAGUCAGUGCCACCUAUCAGUGCUGCCAAUCAGUGCCACCUAUCAGUGCCAGUCAAAGCCGCCUAUCAGUGCCAGUCAGUGCCGCCUAUCAGUGCCCGUCAGUGCUGACAGUCAGUGCCGCCUAUCAGUGCCACAUAUCAGUGCCGCCUAUCAGUGCCAUAUAUGAGUGCUGCCUUUCAGUGCCCAUCAGUGCUACCUACCAGUGCCUCCUCAUUAGUGCCCAUCAGUGCCACCUAUUAGUGCCCAUCAGUGCAGCCUCAUUAGCGCACAUCAGUGAAGGAGAAAAAUCACUUAUUUACAAAAUUUUAUAACAAAAACUAA